CCGCCACAAACAUGGCGCCCGGGGAGGGUCACGCCGCCGUCAUGAACCGCGAAUGUGACGCAGCGGCGUUGCUAUGGCAACGGAAAACGACGCCGUUGGCUGUAGCUACCUUUCUAUAUCAAGAGAUCCUUCCUUCUCAUGGCGGGUUCACCUUCCUUUCCCGUUGAGCCACCGGGCAAAACAGUCAGCAUCACUGUGCUGGAUGGCCAUGAUUUGAAAGGCCUGAAGGGAGAUAGUCCGGUGACAUUUGUGCGCGUUGAGUACAAUGGCUUCAUCCUUGGAGACUCCCCCAAAGUGGAUGCCUCUGCGGAAGGCAGCGUGAAGUAUAAUUUCACCACCUCUUUUGACAGCCACCCUGAAGGGUUACACUGUUUGGAUGAUAUUGCCCAAAAACCUGUGAUAUUCACCGUGAUUGAAGUCCUACCAAAGGAAAAGAAGCAAAAAGAAGAAAAGGUGGUAUCUCUCGGACAGGCCGUGGCAGGCCUUCUCCCCCUCCUGCAAGGAUUGUGUACAUUCAGUGUAAAACUUCCCCUGUAUCCAUUGCCUGGUUCUCCUCUGGAUACCCUCCGACCAGAAACCAAGGCUUCCAUCGAUGUCUUAGUAUCUGUCCAGGAGAGCUUACUGACUCAAAAUCAGCUAUCCGAAGGCAAUCUGCUGAGAGUGACUGUAGAAGCUCUCUAUUCUGUCCCUGAGGCAUUUAUCCACACUGGUCCUCAAUAUAAUUACAUGGUUGGCUUUCAGGUGCCAGCAGUUGGUGAGAAAGAAUGUCCCUUCCUGUUCAAGAAUGGGACCCUGAAACUUGGCGGUGAGAAAGAACCUUUGCCUCGUCCCAAGAAGUGGCCAGCGGCCAACAUUUUAGCUCCCGGAGGACAAAACAUCCCAGAGGCUUUCAUUGUUGGUGGGGCCUUUGAGGAGGAAGAUGGAGAAAUGAAUACCCCAGAGGACCGGGAAAGCAGGAUUCAGGGUGAAACUACUAAGAAACGGAUCAUUUGGGACUUGGAAAGACGUUGCUACCUGGAUCCUUUAGCUGUGCUCUGCUUCCGCAAGCGGAUUGCUGACUGUCGUUGUUGGCCUGUGGAAAUUACUAGAGUGCCUCUGGUCACAUCCACGAAAGUCAAAGCUGGCAAAGGAGAGAAGGGAGCUGGAGCAGCGGCUGCAACAGAAGAAGAUCCCAUUUCCUUUCACGGCGUGGCCUACGUCAACUUAGUGCCUCUGCUGUAUCCAGGGGUAAAGCGGAUCCGGGGAGCCUUCCGAGUUUUUCCUUACCACGACAGUGAAGUGUAUGAAAAGACCAAGUGCCUCUUCAGUCUUUUUCGCGAUGUGGGCCAUCAGGCAAUUCUUAAUAGAUUUGGGCCCAUGGGAAUGUACAGUCCCCACACCAAGAGCAUCCUUGGGAAGAACUACAAAGAGGACAAGCAACGAGAAAUGCUCCGGAAGCCAUCCACUAUUGUAAAAAAAGACACCUCUGAGAUCACGGUAGAGAUUGCCAUCUCUUUAUGCCAGAACUUGGAAGGACAGCAAUAUGUGGAAUGUGGAAGUUUUAUUGUGUUAGAGUUUAUGCUGGAUAGAGCUUUGGUGCCCAAGCGUCUGCCAGAGGAACUUGCCAGCCGAGUGAAAGAGAUGAUUCCUCCACACCCUCCGCUCCCCCGAAGGACUGCAGGAGCCAUGAAGGCCGUAGAAGAUUACCACACGCAGAUCACCAGCAUUGCUGCAUCCAUCCUAGAUGAGUAUCAUGAGCUCUUUGGAAGGCAGGUGAUCCAAGGGCUUCUCAUAGAUUCUCAGACCCUGGAAGACCAGAAAUGUCAACUCAACUAUGAGCUGAACACCUCGGGGAAAUAUUUUGCCUUUAAGGAGCAACUCAAGCACGCGGUUGUGAAAAUUGUGCGGGAGAAGUACUUGAAGACCACCGCCUUUGAAACUCUGGAUCAACUCCAAGCUUUCCUCAGUGAGUUGUAUGUCUACUUGAUGGAUCAGAUGCAUGUCGCCUUGAAUCAGGUGCUAUCCCUCCAGACUCCAAGUCCUCCUCCUCCCGUAUAUACCACCUUGGAGCAGCUCCAGCUGUUUGCUCGAGAGGCCCAAGUCAACAGAGACUACGGUUUGGCUUCAACGUACUAUCAGGAGAGGUUGUCUCGAAACCCCCAAGAUAUCCAGAGCUGGUUGGAUUAUGGAGCUUUUUGCCUCUUGACUGAAAACAACUUCAAGGCCCAAGAAUGUUUCCGUGAGGCGGUCGGGUUGGAUGCCAAUCACAUGCCCAGUGUGCUGUUGUGUGGGAUCAUGGCUGUGAUGCUGCAGAAUUACGAAGAGGCUGAAGUCUUUUUUGAGGAUGCCACCUGCGUGGAGCCAAACAGUGUCGUGGCCUGGACCAUGCUAGGACUUUUCUAUGAUAUCCAGGAAAACUACAUCAGGGUCGAGAUGGCCUUCCAUGAGGCUACCAAGCUCCAGAAGGCCCAUCUGCCCAAAGAGAAACCAAGUCCUCCAAGUAUAGAAGAAGUACCGGUAACUGGAGGAAAGAAAAAAAUGUCAUACAUGGCUUCACGGGGACAGUCCCUGGUUGCCCCAGAGGAGUCAGACGACUCUCCAGAAGCCACAGUGAAAAUCCAAGCAGAGUCUCCCGAAGCAACCAGCUCCGUUCGUGCACCCGAAGAGGAUACCAUACACAAACCGUUCAAGAGGUUGUCCGUUACACCCAGUAAAUUUAAGAUGAGCACUCAGAGAGAAAUGCCCAAAUCUGCUGCAGUUGCAUUUGAACCAGAGCUGAGCCUGCUCAUGGUGUCCCCUCAAACCACCUCUAUUUUCAUGGAAACAAUAAAAUUCCUCUUGGAUGUCAAUGCCCUUCAGUUUGUUCACAGGGCGCUGGCGCAUGAGUUGAUCUCCCCCCAAGGAGGCCCCAGCUGUGAUUAUUACUUGGUGCUGGCCCAGACGUAUAUGCUCAAGAAGGAAUAUGAGCAGUCAGAAGAGAGCUUGGAAAUGGCUUUGCAGAUUGAUUACCUGAAUCCAGAGGUUUGGGCUCAAAAAGGCCAUCUCUGCUAUUUGACCGGGAAUUUCAGUGAAGCAAAGUCCUGCUAUGAACGCACCAUCAGUUUUGUGACGGACGCGAAGGAUAUGCAUACGGUGUACCUGCGAUUGGGCUCCAUCUAUCUGGAAGGCAAGGAGUAUGACAAAGCCAAGCACAUUUACCUUUUGGCGAGUAAGAAAUCACCUUCUUGUCUCACCUGGCUGGGAGUCGGAAUUGCCUGCUACAGGCUCAAAGAGAUGGACGAGGCAGAAGAUGCUCUCUCUGAAGCCAAUGCCCUCAACAACAGCAAUCCAGAAGUCUGGGCCUACCUCGCUUUGGUCUGCAUGAAGGGCGGAAGGCAACUGGAGGCCGAACAGUCCUAUAAAUACGCUGUCAAGCUGGAGUUGGACAACCCUGAUCUCCUGCAGGAGGUCAAACAAGUCCAGCUAGAAGUUGGCUUUGGUGACCCCUCCUUCUGAUCGCCUCUUCUGCUGCUACCUUCUAAGCAGGGACCGACAUCUACAGUUUUAGAUAUCAGGGAGGUAGGGCCAGGUUGCCAGAGAUUUGCCAACCAUCAGCAGAGAGGCGUACUGCCACAUUUGGAAAGAACAAUCACCAGUUGUUUCCAAAGCUUUGGUGAAAAGUUUACAGAGGGCGUCUUGAAUGGCAGUUCUUGAGCUCCUGGAAUUUAGAAAACGCACAUUGCAGAGAUUCCAUUUGUCCUGUGGAAUAUCCAGCCCUAAAAUUAAAGUCAGCCUUAAGGCAUCUACAAGGCAUGACUUGCGUCCAGAGGUUAAAAUGCUGGAGAAAGUAUUUUCGGAUUCCUGAAAUGGAAAGAAUAACUCUAGCACAGUGUUUUCUCAAGCUUGGCAACUUUGAAAAGUUGUGGACUUCAAACUCCCAGAAUUCCCCAGCCAGCUAUCCUAUGCCUCCUGGGGAAUUCUGGGUGUUGAAGUCCACACCUCUUCAAAGUUGCCAAGCUUAAGAAAACACUGCUAUAACACAUCACAAUAAUUAGAAGACCUUUGUCGGCGAUGUUUGGGGAAGAACAGGAAGAUGAAUUGGGGAGAGGUUUGGUGAACUGCCUCAUUUCUAGACAUUUCUAGGUCUCCUUUAGUGCAAGUGGAUAUUACAACCCAAAGCAGGAGCAAGAGUAAUUAAUAGAUUGGGUUUUAUAUAGCAUUUGGUUACCUGGGCUUCCCAAAAUUAUAUCCAUUAAAGGGAGUUCUUACAAAGGUUUUGAUUCAGUUAGUUCGUCCAUGUAGCUCUCUGGAGAUAAUUCCAUCCAUCAAUUUUGACCUAGUGAUCUCUUUUUGAUCUAUGGAUCCACAUUUAUUUUAUUCACAAAUUGGGGUUUUUUUGUUUGCUCCCUGUAAUUGCUCGGCAGCACAGAAUUUUGAAAGAGGAAUCUAAAAUACGAUACGCAAGGAUUCAAAAACAGCAGUUUGGGGCAGAUAUAAUAAAAUAGUUUGGAACUGUUUA